AUGUUUGAUCUGCCCUUUCCUGAUGAACUGGAAAAUGACAUUGGCCAUGACAUGAUGCUGAUCACAGGGAACCUCCACCCUUCCCCAAACACCUCUCCUGUGCCCUCGCCUGGCUCUCCGUCCGGGAUGGGAAUAGGAUCACAUUUCCAGCACACCAGGAGCCAGGGAGAACGCUUGCUGUCCAGGGACAAUCCACCAGAGGAGCUAAAGCAGCAGCCGUUGGCUCUGGGCUACUAUGUCUCCACCGCACAAGCGAACGGACUUCCUCACUGGUUCUGGGCUUCCUGCCCACAGGCUGAGAGCCAGUGUCCACUUUUCCUCAAGGCGUCUCUCCACCACCACAUCUCCAUAGCCCAGUCAGAUGAGCUGGUGUCAGACAAGACUAAGAGGACCCCUCACCCCUUAGAUUCAAAGACCACCUCUGAUGUGCUCAGGUUUGUAUUGGAGCAGUACAACGCCCUCUCCUGGCUGACGUGUACACCUGCCACCCAAGACCGCCAGUCCUGCCUGCCCGUCCACUUGGCUGUAUUGAUCCAGAUGUACAAUGCCAUCCUGAACAUGCUUUAGCUUUGUGAACUCUAGAGGACUGACGUUAUACCUUCAUUUCCUCUGUGCCUACGCUUCCUCCUUCUGGGCACCAGAGAGCACCAGAGCUCUUCUCUUGUUUUGGAUAGACCUUAAAUCAAUAGACCAUUGAUUUAAUGGCCAAAUAAAGGACAGGGCAAAUCAGACUCUCCCAUGCCUGGAAUGUAAUGAACAAGAAGAGUGAAAUGCUCUGAAUGAAAACUUUGGUUAACCACGAGCCCAUGCAAACCCAGUACAGAACUGGUGCUGUGCCAGUUAUGGUGCUUUCUGAUGGAGAAAACAGAUGGAUCUAUCCAACUAUGCCCAUUUUACUGACAUAUCACAAUAUUAACUUUCUCCUGAUCAAAAUAGUAUUACGUACCACAUGGGUGGCAUCUUAGUGGCAAGUGAAGCAUCUGUGGAUGACAUUUGUGGAGAAGCAGAAAGGGACAUCCAUGCAGGGCCACACAACUCCAUAUUAUACAACCAGCAGAAUGGCAUGCCACCACAAACACAUGGCAUUAUAACAUUUGUGGUGUUUUUACAUUUUUGUAUAGAACUGCACUGUUGAGCUUCUUGGGACUUGUGGUUGGUUAAUGAAACUUGUACCUUUACUCUUGAAUGGGGCAAACGUCCUCAUCUACUCCAAAGGGGGGAGCAUUUGAUAAUGGCACUUUUUUCCCUCAUCUUCCAAAGUGUUGUGGAUAUGAACACAAUGGAAAAUAUUUGACCAGUUAAGACAGACGUGUUGUUUAUAAUGUAAAACAUACAUUUGCAAAGAAUUGAGACUUAUUUUUAAUAUUUAAAACAAGAAAAUGAGAAACUUAAACAAGGCCUUUUUCCCCCCAAUCGACUGUUAAUAGUCUCGGGAUCUGAAAUAAAAUUUGUCAUUUUAAUGCAAUUGUAAAGAUGCCAUAUUUAUACAAAUUAUAUCAUGUCAUAGAAUUUGAUAUAUAUAUGUAUAUACAUAAAUAUAUAUUACCUCUUCCAUCCAGGCACUUAAUGAUAAGGGUGAUGGGCACAACCAUCUCUUUAAAAGUGGACACAGUAUGAACAUUUAUCAAAGAAAAUGCAUUUUAGUUGUUCUUUUGUUAUUUUCUACAGAUACUGAACAUUUUGCCUUUUUUAUUUAAUGAGUUUAAAUUAAACUAAUUGAUGCAGGAGAUACAGUAUACUGUAUAUUUAUAAAAAUGUUCCUCUUCUGUUAAAAACUUGAAAUAGGCAAUAGAAGAUCAUGGUAUUUGAACAUUGCAAGGUUAUUAAAUAUUUAAGAAUGAUGCUUUAUUUCAUUGGCUCUCCUAAAUGAUGUCAAGCAAACCAUUAGAAAAGACCCGUCGCUUCACUCAGUCUGCUAUUUGUUAGAUUCCUAGCAUGCUUGUAUAUACACUUUUCAGCUGUGUUUUUUGGAAUUUCUUAAAGCUGUACAUUUCAUGCUGGUUGGUUUACUUUCAAGUGAUUCAUAUCAAAGUAUUUUUUUGCUGUGAGCUUUUUUGAUAUACAGUAUACAGUGCAAAACUCAUUUAAUUACAGCCAAGAGGUUAAAUUGCCAAGUAAAGUGUACACAAAUGUACAGACGAAGGCAAGUUUGCAAAAAUUUGUUACAUCUGUCAUCACUUUGAAUAUCAAACAGAUCCACAUUAGUGGGAGAUAUCUGUUACUUUUACACUAUUUUUUAGUAAAUUAUUAAAACUCUUGAAAAUGA